AUGGUCAGCAUACUUGCGGAAAUGCUGCCUGCUUGGGAAUCUCUAGAUUUUUGUGAGAUGCGUACUACUAUCGGUUCACAAAAGAGACUUCCCAACAUACGACAUGGUGAGGAGUUGGAAGCUGCUCCUCCUAUUGAUGAGCUCUUCAAUGAACCAGACUGCGUAUACAUGCCAGUAUACAAAUCUUCAAGUAAUGGUAUCCAUGGAUCCUACGUCUGCGGAUCGGAAGCACAGAUGUUCCAGAACCUUCUUCUACAGGCCAACGACAUAUAA